AAAAGCGAUCUCGCGAGGCAGCUGAGGAAGGUGGUCAAUGUCUGGGUCCUCAGGGCCACCUGCGAGCAGGGGAACCGGAGGCCCCGAUGUCGCAGAAGGGAUCUGCGUCUCGCCCUGCCUCUCCUCGUCCAACAACAACAUCCUCAACUACAGUUCCCCGGACGUCUCCAAGCUCCGCUCAACCAGGCCUUCGAGGGACAGGUGAUGGGUUAUCCAGUGACAGCUCACGCGAAAGUUGCGGGGUACCAAGGACUCAUGCAGAAACAUCACAGCCAGCCGGCCAGAGGACUCUGGACGUGCAUAACAUGCUGAACCCGGCAGAGACAUGCUCUACGCCGACGACAGCUGCCCCGACAGCUCCACGCCCCCCAGAAGACAACAGCGCAAGACCGAACCCAGCAGCGGGCCAGUACGAGUCUAGUCCUUCGACCUCGCAACCAUAUGUAUUCCGGGGGCAAGCCAUGCCAGUUCAACCGCUGGCCAGUCCCAGGCCAACUGGUAGACCCUCAGCUCCAUCACCAGCGCCGUCAGAACGGGCGUCGCCCCAUGCUCAGCAUCCAUACCAGGCUCUGGGAGCUCCUCGGCAGUAUUUAAAUCCGAGGUCGCCACGGGCUGGUAGCAUGGGCCACCACGGUGCUCACUUCCGAACACUGAGCGCUCAACCCUCCCAAUUUUCCCCCGCAGCCGGGCCUGGUCACAUCAGGCCGUUUCCCGGGGACUCUCCCCUAGAACGCUCGCCUACAUCUGGUGAACCACCGGCAAUUCAUUUUGGUGGGAUCGGCUCGCCCGGAGUUCUACCACCGGUACCCAUGUCCAAUCUGGCCGCUCCACCGCGAUCAUCAUCACAACCAAUAAUUGGACGUGUCGGUCCGGCAUCACAAGAAACGGGGCAAUCUCAAAGGGCGCUCGGUCACCAAAGUCGACCGUCGAGAUAUCCAGCUGUUUCGUCGUACACGGCUGGUAUCCCCCAGGUCCAUCGAGGGUUUCCACCUCCGCUGCCCCAGGGAGACUUGCGAUGGUCCGGGGGGGUAGGUGGCAACGUUUCUCAACCGCAAACUCCCAAUCGCUGGAGCUCGUUCCCAGUCUCCGACGGCCAGUCUACAAAUUUGUUAUUCAGGACGGAGCAAGGCGACGAAAUGAUUGUCCCUUUCGAUACUCGGCAAGGAUCACGCCAGGCGGAUGAAAAGCGUCAGCGAAAUGCCGGUGCGUCUGCCAGAUUCCGGCAGCGCAAAAAGGAGCGAGAGAUUAGCCGGGAUAAUGAAAUGCACAAGCUGGAGACUGAGAAUCGACAAUUAGAGAAACGAGUGCAUGAUGUCGAAAUUGAGCGGGACCACUAUCGAGCAGACCGCGAUCGUUUGCGGGACCUCGUCUACCGAACCCCGAGCAUCAGCGAGUUCGCCUACCAAGGUCUACCGAGUCCAACAACCUCCAGGCCCGGUGGCUCUUUUCCAGAUAGAAGCCCCCUGGCCCCCGUUGCCCCCGUUGCCCCACCGACGCCGCUGCCACCAGUCACAUACGGUCAAGUCGAUCCGACGACGGGAGAGAGGCCAGCCAGACGCCGUCGCACCGAUCCCCAAGUUGAGUUCACGACUCCAACAUAUGCCUCGGGAAUCGGUACGCUGGGUCCUAUGGCGCCGGCCUACGCGGCAUCUUCAUCCCAACCUGGAACUCCCUCUGCGGGUCCCACUGCAAGACUACCCCCCUUCGAAUGGAUCAACCUCCCGCUGGAUCAGAACCUGGCUCGGCGGGUGCUACACCACAAAGUUUCUCUCCGUAUAAACGCGAAUCUUACGAGUCGGGAUGGGCUACAAGACCGACCGGACCUCCUGAUCAUGGCCCAGGCCCAGGUUAAGACGUAUGGGGCCCCUUCGCACCAUCGUACAUAAAUACCUUCUUUGUAUUCAAAAUACCCCUUUUGACAUAUUCUUUGUAAUACCCGUGCAUCUCUGUAGUUCGUCAGGCUUGACAAGAACUGAAUCAUUGGGGUGCCGGAGAUCUCCUUAAUAUCAAAGAUUUUGCAU